AUGUCAAUAUCUGAAGAAAAGGAGCCAUCAGCGAUGUCCGAGGAAGCGGACUCGUCUACAAGGACAAUGCCUCAAGGUUUCUUGCCGCAGCCUCCUCCUCCUCCUCAGAUACCAUCCCCCGUCCGAAGAUACAUUCGUGGGAAGCGACCUCCCCCACCUCCGCCUCCAGUCCCAUCAGCUUUUGGGCAUCUCUAUAUCAGGGGUCCUGAUGGUCCAUUAGAUGAUGCAAUGGUUAAAAGAUUACGUUUGACCACCGUGUGCCCGACAUCUUUGGCAUGGAUAAUUUAUCUUUCGGCUGUGAAGAGAGCAAAACUCCACUUCCAGUUUGAGACAUCUGUUAUCACUGAUGACAGAGAACCGCGUUUUUGUAUGGAUACAAGAGUCUUCAAAAGUCUAGAAGAAUUCAUCAACAUCAAAACAAGUUUGUCGAUGGAGCCAAGGCAAAACGAGGUGCAGGUUGCACUCCACGAAUCUUGGAUUGAUAGAAAAUCAAGGGAGGAGGAGCAAACAAAAUUGCGAGAAAUAGAAGAAAAGAAGACACGGAUGACAGAACCCUUAUUCACUUUGGAAAGUGUGUAUUUAUGCACAUAUGGUUUGGUCCUCCAAUCAAACAAACAGUGGCUUUCAAAUGCGCUGCGUAAAAUUAAAGAACACUACAGGAUCAGCAGUGAAAAAGAAUUACAAGAAUAUUUGUUGGCAGAAAUAGAUACGGCUUGUCUGCACUUGUGUCGCGAGCUAGGAGCUCAAAAUUACUAUUUGGAUGAUCUGAGGAAAGGGUUCGCUGCAAAGGCAUCGGCCAUAGCCAUGCUGAACUUGUCCAUUUUGGAUGCAAAAAGCGCAGCUAGUAUACUGCUCAUCAUGAGUUUAACCGGCAUACAG